GUUGUUAGUUCUUCCGCUCUUGUUUUGCUCGGUUGAAUUAAUCACGCAUUUUUUUUACUAUCUUGAAUACUUUUAUAAGUAUUCACAGGCACCCACUUGAAAAAUAUGCCAAACAUAAAAUCGUUUUAUGUGAGUGUCCUGUCUCAAUCUCUUUCUCCUUGUGAACAGUUUCUGGCUGCUGGAACCAAUUUCGGAAAUGUCAACAUAUUUAACAUCAAAACUUUGUACCAAGAAGAUGUGAAUCAAGGACCCCGUGAUCUCCUGACUCUACCACAGAAAUGCUUUUCCGUUAGUGAGAAAAGCUUACAAACUAUGACAUCUUCAAAUGAUAAUCUGAUGAUUGGAGGUAAAAAUUGUAUACAAGGAUUCAGCUGGAAUGAGCUGGUAGCUCCUAAAAAGAGUGAUCUGGAAAUAAAGCCUUGUUGGACUGUUGAUCUGCGUUUACCAACUGAUUUUGGUUCAAAAGAAACUGUGGAUUGCCUUAUUAACGGAGAAAAUUUUUCAGCUUAUGCUGCUUGUGGUGACAACAAUGUCCAUCAUGUUGACCUUGAGUAUGGAAAAGUUAAACUUACUUUCUCUGGCCAUACUGAUUUUAUCCACUCAAUGUCUCACAUUGGGAAUCAGUUAUCAAGUGCAAGUGAAGAUGGAACUGUUUGCAUCUGGGAUACACGAAAACCAAAACCGGUGCAUGUGAUUACACCACAUUUAGAACCUAAACUGAAUCGGCCUCAGCUGGGAAAGUGGAUUGGUGCAGUUACGAUGAACGAAGAUUGGCUUGUAUGUGGUGGCGGCCCGCACUUAGGACUUUACCAUUUACGUUCUUUAACGAUGAGCAAAGUGUUAUUAGAAGACGACACUCAUGGUGUUAACAAUGUACUGUUCCACGAAGAUAGUAUCAUUGUUGGCUUAGACGGGCCGUUUGUCUAUCAUUGCUUAUUUUCGGGUGAUAUUACCGUAAAUAUGCCUACUAGCGCUCUUCGGGUCUACAGCGUUUGUUUACAGAAAAAGGAUGCAAAUAAGUUGCUGUUUGUUGGUGGAUCUGGUGGGGAUAUUGAUAUAUGCACCGGCACUAAAUUACAAGACCAAGUUAUUCGCUGUCUGUCGUGAAACUUUGUCUCGUGUUUGAAUAGUGUUUCUAUCGUCCAUCGCUCGAACAUUUCAUAAUCUUAAAAAUAUGAACAUAUGAAACUCUGUGUCAAGAUGUUUUCAUAGAGAAAUACAUCGUGAUAUUUAA